GGGCCGAGUUCCUGGCCUACGCCUUCUGCGCCAUGGACCGCAGCGAGUUUGUGUUCUCCGAGGUAGUGCCCGGCGAGUACUCGUUCUUUGACCGGUUUGCAGACCGGGUGGUGAGCCUGGCUAAGGACGAGUACUACGAUCUGGUCGACCUUGCCUUUGCCAACGAGCUCGAGCAGCUCCAUCCGCGGCGACACGGCCACCUUGGCGACGGCGACGGAUCGGCAGCGUUCCUUGCGGCGCUGCUGCCCAAGGUGUCCAAAGAGGCGAUCAUCUUCUACGACCGCGUCUUUCGCACAACACACCGCUGCCGCUCUCGUCGACUGCGGGCCGCGACGUACACGCGCUGUGGGCCGACGCGCCGCGGCCGCAGGUUGACGACUCGGCGAGCUGGCACUCGCGGUUCUCACCCAUGUUCCUCUCGCGGGUCCCGCCGGCGCUUCUGGAGCACGAGAGCGCCAAGGGCCGCGAGACCAGCGCUGGGGCGAGCGACGUUGUUGACCAGAGAGCGCUCUUUGCGCAGCUGACCGAUUCGACUAUCGAGUUUUGCGAGAACGACUUUUGGGACAUGUGGGUGCGGAUCAAGAAGCCCGACGGGUCGCUCGCCCCACUGGCGCUCCCGCCGGACGCCGACUACGACAUGCUUCAGCUCGCGCUGUGCGAGGUGGUGGGCGUCGACCCGUCCGAGCAUGCCAUCCUUGGCCUCACCGAGCGCGGCUCCGGGCCUGUGCUCUCGCUCGAGUUCCUCACAUCGGACAUGCUCUGGCUCCUUGUGCCGGAGCAGGUCUACGGUGUGGUGCUGGUGCCUGCGACGUCGCGGUCGCUGGUGGCGCACGGGCUCGAUGGCGCUUGCGCGGUCCCGCACCCAGUCGAAAGCCUCCUCCCGGCCCACUUUUCGCUCGACGAGCUCCGGCGCGAGAUGUUUGUACCGGGCUCUGCUGCGGUGGCUGCCUUUGCGGCGGCGGCGGCGCGCAACGGCUCGGUCUCACUCGCGCUGCCUACCGAGGCUGUGGCGUACAUUCACGCGGCGAUUGCGGCGGGCGACGCGUUCUUUGACCUCGAGCGGCCGGCCAAGGGCGCGACAUCGGUCGAGUUUGAUGAGGCCAAGUUUGCUGGCUACGCCUCGAACAGGUUCCGCGAGUGGAUGCAGGUCCGCAACGUGUUUGAUUCGAGCGCGGUGAACCAGGCGUAUGGUGCGUUUCCCAGCUUCUCGCGGGCGCUGCUGCGACUGUGGGUGGUGCUGGAGGGCAUUGCCCGCGACGUGGUGGCGCUCCUCUGCCUCGGCAUCGGCAUGCCGCCGGCACGGCUGCUGGACCUUUGCGACCGUCCGGGCAUUCCGCCGGUCAUGGCGGCGCUGUUCGAGGGUGAGGAGGCGGUGCCGGCGGCGCUGCUCUCGCGGUACGACGCCGAGGUUGCGGCCGGCGCGAGUGCGAUGGAGCUGGAGAGCUCGUCGUCGGCGUGGCAGCGCGAGAGCGGGAAGAACUUCCCGGCUCCAACGUCAUGCGGUUCUUCCGCUACCACACCGGCAAGACGCCUGAGGACCGCGAGAAGUUCAAGCGGUCGUACCCGUCGUCGCCGCAUGCGGAUCUCGGCCUGGUCACCGUCGCGCCGGUAUCGCCGAACCCGGCGCUCGAGGUCCAGUCGCACCUCACCGAGGGCCUUUUUUGCGUCGAGGAGAAGCUCAAGCCCGUCGAGGACGUGACGGUCAUGCUUGGCGAGAACCUCGGGUACUUGACCCGCGGCUUCUACCGCGCCCCGUUCCACCGGGUCAUUCCCAACUACGAGGAGACCAGAUACUCGAUGCCGUUCUUUCUCCGCGGGCACCCUGCGGCGGUGUGCGAUCCGGCGGCAGUGUGUGAGGGCGUCGAUGCCCUGCCCGCCGCGCCAAUCGCUGACA